AUGUCGCUCCAGCCUUAUGUCGAUCAAAAGGUUCUGGUCGUCACCGCAGAUGGCAGAACCUUGACUGGCACCCUGCUCUCCUGCGAUCAGUUGACGAAUCUCGUCCUCCAAAACACCAUCGAGCGCGUAAUCCGACCACAUGAAGAUCCCGAAGAUAGCGAAGAAGUUCCGCAUGGCCUAUACUUGAUUCGAGGCGAGAAUGUGGCUAUAUGCGGACUGCUGGAUGAGCAGAUGGAUGGCGAAAUCGAUUGGGCGAAAGUGAAGGGCAGUGUAAUUGGGGGAGUGAAGCAUGCGUGA